AUGUACAAGCACGAGUGCGAUCCCCACAACACCGUCGGAAUCUUUGUCCCAGCUGGACACGACGAGGAGGGCGUCAAGGAGCUUUGUGAGGAGAUGUGCGGCGAGGAGCCUGAGAUGGUGAUCAUCGACGAGAAGGCCAAAAUGGCACUUGCAGGCUUUGCUCACAGCACCGAGAAGGAGGCCUUGGACCAUGAAGCAGUGCUCCUGUGGGACGUGCCAUCUUCAAUUCACAGAUUGCACAUGUUCGGGUCAGGUCGCUACCGAUUUUAUGUGGAGCGACCGAAGUCAGAGGAGCCUCCGGUGGAGAUUUUCAAGCCUGUGCAUCCCUUUAUGCUGCAGUGGGAUGUCUUGACGAAUCCGGGUGGUGGUAAGAAAAAACCGCCGACUGUCAAGGGCAUGUGCGACUGGCGCAACCCAAUGGGCUUUGCUUGCCAUGUGGACGACUCGAAACCCCCCGCUGAGUUCGUCGGAUGCUGUGCUUCGAUUCAGGGUCUGGAGGGAGGAGCCCAGGCCUUUGUCUCUGGGGCUUCUGUGCUGCCGAUGAGAUUCCUGCCAGCGCUUCUGAGCACUCUCUGCCCAGAGCGCUGGUGUGUUGCCUGGGGCGUUGAUGCCGGCUCUAGCGAGGUGCGGGGCGUGCGCAUUCUGCACCACGAGUUGGUCAACCUUCCGAAGAACACUCUUGCACCACCGGUUCUGGAGGCGGUGAACGCACUGCGUACGGGCCUUCGGGAG